GGGGAGUCCUCUCGCGCAUCAGCGGCAGCAGCAGCAGCAGCACAGCGACGGGAUGAGAGAGAGAGAGAUAGACAGAGAGAGAGAGGGAGAAGGGGGAGGAGAGGAGCUCGUGCUGCCGCUGUUGCCUUCACCGUCGCCACCGCCCAGUGAGAGCCGGGGAAGCGCGUGCAGAAUAAACGUUACAGUUACGAAAAAACGGUUCUCUUUCAGGUCGGACUGAUUUCUGUUUCCUUGGAUGGUUUAAGGACUUUUAUUUGGGUUUGGGGGAUUCCCGUGUGCGGACAGACGGGAAUUUCGAAUCCAGCGUUACUCGCUCGCGCCUCGCCAUGGGAUGCUCGUUAAGCGCCGAGGAGCGCGAGGCUCUGGACCGGAGCAAAGCCAUCGAGAAGAACCUGAAGGAGGACGGAGUCACUGAGGCGAAAGUAGUGAAACUGCUGCUGCUCGGUGGAGGAGAGUCUGGAAAGAGCACUAUUGUCAAACAGAUGAAGAUUAUCCAUGAAGACGGUUUCAGUGGAGAUGAUUUACAGCAAUUUAAGCCCAUCGUCUAUAGCAACACCAUUCAGAGUCUGUUCUCCAUUUUAAAAGCUAUGGAGAACCUUGGGGUGGAGUAUGAAGACAAGGACAGGACUUCUGAUGUAAAGUUAGUCUAUGACAUAAUCAACCGUAUGGAGGACACAGAGCCAUACACACCUGAAAUUCUGACAGCCAUGAAGCGUUUGUGGAAAGAUGGAGGAGUUCAGGCCUGCUUUAACCGAUCGCGAGAAUAUCAGCUCAAUGACUCUGCUCAAUAUUACCUUGACAGUUUGGACCGAAUUGGAUCACCUGAUUAUCUUCCCACCGAACAGGACAUUUUAAGGUCGCGGGUUAAAACUACUGGUAUCGUUGAGACACACUUCUCCUUCAAGAACUUGAACUUCAGGUUGUUCGAUGUAGGAGGUCAGAGAUCAGAGAGAAAAAAAUGGAUCCACUGCUUUGAAGGUGUGACUGCUAUAAUCUUCUGCGUAGCGAUGAGCGGCUACGACCAAAUGUUACAUGAAGAUGAGACGACGAAUCGUAUGCACGAGUCCCUCAUGCUCUUCGACUCCAUCUGUAAUAACAAGUUCUUCGUUGACACUUCCAUCAUCCUCUUCCUCAACAAGAAGGAUCUUUUUGGGGAGAAGAUAAAGAAAUCUCCACUGAUAAUAUGCUUCCCAGAGUAUGCAGGUCCGAACACUUAUGAAGAGGCAUCUGCGUAUAUUCAGGUUCAGUUUGAGGGUAAAAACCGUUCUCCAAAUAAAGAGAUUUACUGCCACCUGACAUGUGCGACUGACACGGGGAACAUCCAGGUGGUAUUUGAUGCUGUCACUGACAUCAUCAUUGCCAACAACCUGCGUGGCUGUGGCCUGUACUGAUCAUUGUUUUUGUCAUGGUAACAAGCAAUUGAACUGAAUACCCUCAUCUUGAAUUUCUCUCAUCUUGUUUUGAUUUUCUUUAUAAUCAAAUGGGCACUGGUAUGUGUGUGUGUGUGUGUGUGUGUGUGUGUGUGUGUGUGUGUGUGUGUGAGACUGUGUGUGUGUGUGUGUGUGUGUGUGUGUGUGUGUGUGUGUGUGUGUGUGUGUGUAAGAUUAUUAGUGUAUGGUUAAAAAUGUGAUAUGAGCCUAAAUACAAUCUAAGAUAAAAAAAAUGAAUAAAAAAAAUCCUCAGGAUCAUACAGAUAAAUUGCUCUAAGCAGUUGUCAUUUAUUAAUAACGAGUAUCUCAGAUUCAACACGAUUUUUAUUUAACUUUUUACCAUAAUUUUCACCAUUAUGGAAGCAGCUCUCAGGCCAAAGUCAUGAGAAAUAAAUGUCAUGGACAAAAUGGUCUCUAUAAAAGCACAAGUAGUCUAGAUGAAUGUUUUUAGAUCAACAUUUUUUUAACUGACAUUGUUUUAAUGCUGUAAUUAACAUCAACAAACCCUUCAACAAAUAUUGAUGCACCGUCAUAUUAAAAUUAACACUUAAAAAUCGAUUUCUUUCAUAUUUAUCCAAAUAAUCCAAACACCUGCAUUAACAUUUAAAAUGCAUUCGAAUUUUGUAUUCAAAUUGAUCCUCGAUAUCUUGUAAUAUACACACUUAGAGAUCAGUGUUCAAUAAAUUAGCUUUAAAUACUUGUUAUUGCAGGUGUAUUUCAUUAACACCUCAACAAAUAUAUUAAUGUAGGAGAGAAAUCAGGUGAAUGUGUAAACUGCUCCAUCAUAGAGAAUUCUGAACUUGCAAAGACUGUUACAAAGCUCUGACAAUGAAGACUUCUUUCAUAAAUGAUUAAAAAAACGGUCUUUUAAACAUAUAAUGAUAAAGUAUGAGAAUGAGUGCAUUAAUGCUCCUGGUAUAGAUAAUUAAUCAGUACAUCAUUCUCAGUAAGGGAAGUUUCAUGUAAAACGUUCAUUGAAUGCUGGUUGACUUUUUUCUAAAUGAUUCUAUUUAUUCGAUUGCGUGUAAAAUAUGAAGGCUUGUGUGUACAGAUUUUGUAUCUCCUGCACGUUUUUUGUUAGAUCCCUGCAAACAGAGGAAACCGAUUCAACGCACUGACAGUUAUAUAGCAUGAUAUAAAGGGAAACAAUGUAGCAUGUAGAAAAGACAUACACAGUCAUGUUUAGUGAAAUUAAUGAAUACAAGAACUCACAGUCUUUGUGUGUGUGUGUGUGUGUGUGUGUGUGUGUGUGUGUGUAGGUGGGUGCAUGGGUGCACAUGCGAUUAAAACUUUCAUUUCUGCCCUUUUAUUUAUUUAUUUAUUUUUGUUUGAAAAGCUCUGUCUUCCCCUACACAAUUAUACUGCUGGUUUAAAUUGAACGCCUGAUGAAAUGUUUACAAUAAAAUCACAGUUUGGAACCA